AUGGACUCUGAUCAACAGCGCCGCUGUAUCAGUCAAAAACUGUCUCGCGACAGCCAUAAUGCGGAGCGUUCAAUGUUCAACCACGAUGCCUCCUCGUUUCUGGCCUCGGCGUCACGUCUACCGGGCACGUUCGACUCCCUUCCGCCGUCUUUGAGACCUAUCGUCGAAUUUGUCGAUUCGUGCUCUCUUGGACCAUCAUCGGACACAACUGCCAAGUUCUCUCUUCCCGAGGAUGACUUCGAGUACCUAAAGGAGCUGAUGGAGAGUGCUGGUUGGAAAUUCAGGUUCAGCUAUUAUCCUUCAGAACAGCUUCUAAUGGUCAGAAUGCCUACACUUGUCCACGAGACCAUUGCACACCGAAUUUUGGAAAAGGUCCUUAAGCUUAAGUUCGCAGCCGAGAGUGUCGCAACAGCAAAUCGGGGUGUCACAGAUUUUUUGGAAAAUCUCCAUUCGUUUGGAGCGGGCGAUCUCUACUACCGGUUGCGCGACCAAGUUGUUACUCGUGAGCCGGAUCUCCGACUCGACCUUCUUGGUGGGACUCGAACCCAUCCUACGCUGGUGGUUGAGACGGCCUACUCGGCAAAACAGGAACAGGAGAAGGAGAAACUUAAGGAGUACAUCGAUUGUACGAACGGAGAGAUCUUGACCGCUCUGGGCUUCGAUAUCGACUACCCGAGCGCACAAGGUAUUCGGGUCACGGUUCUUCGAGCUCAAUUCAAUGACCUCGGCAUUUACACCGCUGCGAGCGAGGAAACCCGGGAAAUCCGCUCUUCGACAGGCUCCGUAUGCUCGAUAUCCGACGCGCUGAGCCUAUCCCUGCAUGACCUCGGUUUGCCUCUACCGCAAGCCCACGAGCUGCUGCAAGAACCCCGCCUGAGGAUCUCCGCGAACGAACUCUGUCAAUGGGUAGAUAAAGCGGUCGAGUACAAGAAAGCCGGGCUGCAGAAGUUGCUGCACGAGUAG